UGAGCCCAGAGAGUCUCCUGCGCACGCGCAGUGUGAGAAAUGAGGAAGCGUCGAUGCGGGAACGUUAACGAGAACAUGCGUGAGCUCUUCUACCUUCAGCAUGAAGAUAAAUGAAAACACGCUGCUGGAGGGACAGAGAGUCGUGCUGGUUCCUUACAAUGCAGAGCACGUGCCCAGGUAUCACGAGUGGAUGAAGUCUCCAGAGCUGCAGCAGCUCACCGCCUCAGAACCGCUGACCCUGGAGCAGGAGUACGACAUGCAGAGGAGCUGGAGGGAGGACCACGACAAGUGCACAUUCAUCAUCCUGGACAAGCAGCAGUGGGCCGACCCCCGUGUGGAUGAGGAGACCUGCAUGGUGGGAGAUGUUAACAUCUUCCUGACUGACUCCUCUGACCCCUCCCUGGCUGAGCUGGAGAUCAUGAUCGCAGAGGAGAGCUACAGAGGCAAAGGCAUCGGGAAGGAGGUGACCCGAAUGAUGAUGUGCUACGGAGUCAACAAACUUGGGAUCAGAAGGUUUCAAGCGAAAAUUGGUUUGGACAACCACACCAGCAUCACCAUGUUCAAAAAGCUGCUCUUCCAGGAGGUGUCGGUGUGUCAGGUCUUCAAAGAGGUGACCCUGGAGCUGACGGUGGACGAGUCUGUUCAGAAGAAACUACAAGAAGAAGUGGAGAUGAAGGAAAGGGACUAAAGACAAACCUGCAGGAGCAGACAUAAGCCACCUGAACAGGACUGUUCAGAAGUGUCCUGAAAGCCUGCAGCUCCACACAUCAGAUUUACAGUCACUCCAUGUCUUUUUCCACUGCAGCUGGAGGUCUGCUAGAGAACUUCAAUGUUCUGUAAGGGUAACGCUGAAUGAACUCAGUCGCUGAGUUUCCUCCAUGAGGAUGUUCAAUUUAAAAAAGUUGAAAUUUAAUUAAUUUUUUUAAAUUGAAAUGACUUUUUCUUUAAAACUGUUUCUGUGAAGCGACAUUCAGCCCUGUCUUAGUUAAAAAUAACAGCCCUUCUCUAAACAAUUAUUAGAUUGAUUAUAUUAAGCCUUAA